GACACCGCCCCCCCCUGAAAAAAAAAGCCUGGAAGAACUGCGCUCCGUCAGUGCGCCCAUGCCUGCCAGUCGGAGGAUGGGGAUUUUUUUUCCAUUCAUCCACGUCCCCUUUUUCCCUCCGCCUUCUUUCAAACAAGCCAGUCGGUCUGUCAAUGCGCUGCGAGCAUUAGGGCAAGUCAGAGCAGAGGGAUUCUGAGGCACAGAGACGGAUGAGAUAACGAAGCGCUUUCCCCCGGCCGUCCACUUCUCCAAACGAUGCGCCGCAUCAGAUAGGCGUCAAUUUCCACCAGGGACUGAUGCGUACAGCUCGCAUCUUAUUUUUUAAUCACUUCACAAGUUCCACGCUGGCCUUGAUGCGACACGAUCACAGUGGGGAUGCUUUUCUAGCUUUUUGACUUGUUUCUCCCAGUUUUCUUGGGCUGAUUUGAAUCUUGGACUUUUGGAUUUGGAUCCUGAUUUGUUCGUCAUUCUGAAGGAUUCUGUUCCAGCCGGAUCUGCGGAUUUAUCAGAGAGAAUUUGACAAAGAGGAGAGUAAGGAUUGUAAUGCGCACUGACUAAGCCCACCGUGCAUCAACAUGUCUUUAUGGGGAUGGAGCUGUGGACACGAGUGACAUCUUUUCCUUAUUAAACGCUUCAGCUUUCACACUUUUGGCCUGAUCGCUUCUAACAGACUGAUAAGAUUUCUUUCAGUCCUGCCUUAUAUGUUGGAAGGAAGAUCUUGUUGCGAGAAAACAAGGUAAUGGGAGAGAAAUUACACAGAGUCGGCACCGAGAACAAGGGAACAUUGUUCGGAAAAAGACAAUUAGGGCGCACCGAGAGGCAGCAGAAAUAGCUCCUGGGUGGCGAUACAUUUCAGAAAAUUCAAUUCCUUGGAGUUAUAUUUGAGUUGAGGAGCGCUGGUUUGGAGAAAAAGGAGGACUGAUGACAAAUUAAUGGGAAAGUCAUGGGAUUGGCACUGAAAUAGUACGAUCGUGGACGCGCAGAAAAAACGGUCGAUUCUGGAGAUCAAGGCGCACGGAUUGAACAAGUUUCUCCUGUGUCUUCUUUCACUUUGAUUUUUUUUUCUUUCUGGAUCCAUGUGGUUGUUUGCAGCAGGCUUCCAGGUUACACUUUGACUGCCUUUUUUUGAGCCUGCUCGGCUGUAGUACGCACACAUCCAUUGUUUUUGAGAGUGUCUUUGCAUCAAGCACUGCAAACACAGAAAAUAGUGCCCUUUCCUUUUAAAUGGGGCUACUUCUGCUGGGUGUCAGGGUUGAAAUGGCGUGUCGAAGAAGUGGGAAUGGAUUGUGGAUCCUGCUGGUAUUCUUACUGGAUUUACUGGGGACGACAGCCAGCAAUAUGGAGCCUAUCUACUGGAAUUCCCUGAACGAAAGAUUCAGGGACGAUAAGGGCUACGUUCUGUACCCUCAGAUCGGGGACCGGCUGGACCUCAUCUGCCCUCCGCUGGACACGGUCAGGUCCACACCAGAGUACGAGUUCUACAAGCUCUACCUCGUGUCGUCGCGGGAGGAGGCGGACCGCUGCGAGGUGAGCGGCCCGCCGAACAUCGUGCUGACCUGCGACGAGCCCACCCGAGAGCGGCGCUUCACCAUCAAGUUCCAGGAGUUCUCGCCCAACCUCUGGGGCCACGAGUUCAAGAGCAUGCACGACUAUUACAUCAUCGCAACAUCAGAUGGGACACGCCAAGGCCUUGAUAGCAUGAGAGGCGGAGUAUGUGCCACGCAAGGCAUGAAGGUGGUGCUGAAAGUGGGGCAGAGCCAAUACGGGCUGCCUCCGAAGAAAGAUCCGCCAGCGGGACGCUCCCCCAGCAGAAACCCAGGCGGUGCAGGAAACUCCACCCAGUCCAGAGGACCCAACACUUUAGGCAGCGAGGGCAACGGCGAGAACGGGCCCCUCCAACCCUCCAACAUCGCCCUCAUCGCCGGAGCCGCCGGAGGGUCCGCCUUCCUCCUGCUGGUGACCGCCGUGAUCUGCGUGGUGUGCUACAGACGGAGGCACGCCAAGCACUCGGACACCCACCACCCUCCGCUCUCACUGUCCUCCCUCACCAGCCCUAAACGGGGAGGAGGCGGGGGCAUCUCCAGCUCCAACAACAACGGCUCUGAACCCAGCGACAUCAUCAUCCCUCUGCGGACGUCGGACUCAGCCUACUGCCCGCACUACGAGAAGGUGAGCGGAGACUAUGGGCACCCCGUCUACAUCGUCCAGGAGAUGCCGCCUCAGAGCCCGGCUAACAUCUACUACAAAGUAUGAGACAGCCGCUGCUUCGGUCGACUGGACACGCCCACUUCCCCGCUUUCCAUAACCGACCAAUCCCCCGCUCCAUUUAAAGACGCAGUAAAGCUCACCAUCACAGCCGACCCUGAACCCCUCAGUACUUCUAGUAUUGCCCCAUGGACUCCCCUCUCACUGCCUUGUGAGUCGGCCACAGUCGUGUUUCUAGCUGAAGAAAUCACCCUGACCCAUUCUCACAUAACAGGGCUGCCAAAUGUUUGUUAAGGGCGAUGUCAUAUUUGUACAGUGCCCUUCUAAACAAGGCCCUAAUAAAGGGGCCAAAGCCUCUGAGCGCCCCCUUCUCGCUAACUCAGAGCUGCAGCCCACCCUUGCUAAAUGGAAGAGUCGAACCCAUAAUGCCUAAUAAUGUAUGUGUGUGUGGAAACACAGUUUUCUAGGAGUAUGGACCAUGCAUUGGGACUUUUACAGAAGGAGAAGAAAAAAAAAAGAACCCUAAUCUCACUUUGCACCUGAGAACUCUGAUUCCCAGAGGCCAUACCUGCCUAGCUCACCACCCCGCCCCCUCAGAGCUCCAUCAGCCAAACAGAGACCAGCCCCUGCCACUAAACCACCAAUAGGAUUCUAGUUUGUUCGUGUUUGUUUCUCCUGAGAAAAAUAGGGGGGCCUCGGACUCACUCAAUCAGCAGAGCCUGGGCGGCGGUCACAUGACCGGGCCCGGGCCUGAGGAGGUCUGACCAAUCGGUGACACUCAGAAUCUUGUAUAUUUUAAUAAUGUGCGUGCGUGACUGUGCGAGUGGGCAUACAACCCUGGGUAAUAAUUAUGGCGCUGCUGCUCCACAUUAGGCGUGUGCAGUUAAAGCAUAUGAGUGUGUGGGUUUAGUGCGUGUGUGUGUGUUCGCUUUGUGCGUGAGUGUGUGCGUGCGUGCGUUCUUUAGACUUGUCUUAAAUACCAAAACACAAAAUAGUGAGCGAAUAUCAAAAAAGUGAGAUUUUUUUAUCGCUAUCGACACUUAUAGAUUAUAUAUAUGAAUAUCCAGUGAAUAAUUUCUAGGUGUUUUGUUUUCUAUUGUUUUAUGAUUUCUACCCACUUCUGUUGCUAGACAUUUUUUAUCUGCUGUUUUUGUUUUUCACGACUUAGAACGACCUUCCUUUUCCCCCUUUGCGUUGCAUAUUAAUUUAAUCCACCUUUUAAUUUACUUGGCGAACAGAGGUUGUGUCUCUCUUCCUCUCUUCCCUCUCUCAUCCACUCCCUCCCUCCCUCUCCCCCCUCCCACCCCUCUAGGGUCUCUGAACUCUGUGUAUAUUUUUAUAGCUCCUUGUACUAUGCUGUAGUUUUGAAGUUUAGACCUCGUUUGUGGAAGUGUUGAGGUAGAACCAUCUAUGAAAGUUUUUUUUUUUCAAACGCUUUUUUUGAAAGAAGUGAGA